AUGUUCAAACCAAACCCAUACCAAGAUCCCAGAACCGGAAAGAUGACUCCCGCAAUGAUACGGGCCAGGCAGCCAUAUUUCAAGAAAAAUAUGAUUAGUUUGGUAGUAUUACUGGGCCUAGUUGGUGGUAUUUACACUUAUACUUACCGUUUCUUGCACAAGGAUGAUGACUUCCGUGAUGUGCCAAUUCCUCCUAUCGAUGAGAAGGAAUUGCAAAAGUUGAAGAUGGAGUAUAUGAACGAGAAGAAGAGAAGAGAGGAAAGUCAGAAAUGA